CGGGCGAUAGACACAUUCAAGGAGAUAUUCACAUUCUUGACAGCAAAUCCAUUGGAGAUCGUGACAUUGUUCUUGGAGGAUUACGUCAAAUCGCCAAACGGGUUAACCAAAGUGUUUACCGAUUCCGGUUUAAAGAAAUUUUGGUUUCCGGUUGAAAAUAUGCCUUUGGGUGGUCGAGAUUGGCCGUUGGUUAAGGAUAUGGUCGCCAAUAACCAACGGUUAAUCGUCUUCACUUCAGCUAAAUCGAAACAAAACACUGAAGGAAUAGCUUACCAGUGGAACUACGUAGUGGAAAACCAAUAUGGGGACGAUGGAGUUAAACGAGAUGAGUGUAGCAAUAGAGGAGAAUCUGCACUGUUAACCGACAAAAAUAAAGCUUUGGUUUUGGUAAACCAUUUCAAGACAGUUCCGGUUAAGAUCUUGACUUGUGAGGAUAACUCUGAACAACUUGUCGAUAUGAUUAAGACAUGUUACUUAGCCGCAGGGAACCGAUGGGCCAAUUAUGUCGCCGUCAACUUUUACAAGAGGAGUAGUGGAGGAGGAACAUUUCGAGCAGUUGAUAAACUAAAUGGAGAGCUUCUAUGUGGACGUGAUGAUGUGCAUGCUUGUUAA